AUGUCUUAUAUUCAAGAUUAUCAAAGAGGCCUCCAGCCAACCUUGCCUAAAAACAAAUCUUCUUUAUUCGAAGAAUUAUUAAAAUGGCGUGAUCUGGCAUGACCUCUGGUGGGCCCGUAAGUUGAUUCGGUACUAAGGAGAAGAGCGAUAUUGUGGUAGUUCUCUGGGUGGGUUUUUCGUCCAGGGUUAUCCCUUUAUCUUUUACCUGGAUUGCAGACGUGCCUACCGGUGCAAUGUUUUCAGCACUCCUUAGGAACAUUAGCGAACCUUAAGCACCAUGAAGGAGACAAAGAUGGAGCUCUGUCGGAGGUCGAGGGAAUUUUUGUAGUUUGUCGGACUCAGAAGACAGGUAGAGUGAUCUCCUGAGAGACCUCCAACGAUCCAUUUUUUGGGACAUCAAGAGACUCGAGAACAUUGCUUAGUGCCUCUUAGUCUUAGUCUUAGUUAAAUUUAUAGAGUAGCUCCCGGCCAGGACCGAAGGUCCUUUUCUUCCGCCUUUUGGACGCCUCGCUUGCUUUCCUUGCCCUGCUCCCAGUGUGCACCUAAGUGCCACAGGCUACCACUCAGCUCCUUCCGGUCAUGGGGCUUGGUCAUGCUAUCCCGGAAGUAGGCGAACUGGGUCACCGUGCUUCACGUCGCCAGACUAGGGUUAGAGCUAAGGAUUAACUCCUUAGCUCUUGUCGGCUCCUGCCAUGCCCUCCAAAUUGGCACUAGCGGUCCCUAGAGGAAAAACCCUUUUUGCCCCGUGUCCUAUCGGGACGACCCUAGGAUCGUCGUUGCUAGACUGGGAGGGAAACCUAGCCGGACACAAACUACCAGUACCCAUUCCAGACCUUUCCCUUGGUGGAUUGGCUUCAGGCCGCAGCAAGGUCCCAAAUCUCGCCACAGUUCCGGGAGAGGACGGGUCGGUGUCGUCGCCAUUUUAUUUGUGUACAUUGCUUAGUGCCAAUGCGAAGUUAUACUAAAUUCUGGGGAUAGCGCGGAAUACGCUAUCCCCAGGAAUUUUCUAUAUGCUUGAAAGGAGAAAGGCUGAAAUAAUCCCAGAAGAGCGCUAGAAUUUUAAUCUAAUCUAAUCUUUACUCGAGGGAAAAGCAAUAUCUAAAUCUGAUGAUAAUUCUAUUAAACCGUCAAGAAGAAUCUUUACAUCUAAAAAUCCUAAAUCUGAUGAAAUGGGCUAUAUAAACGACCAUGAAAGAAAUUUGCUUUCUUCAAUAGAUCAAGAGCUCAAAAAACUUACUGAAACACCAGAUGUAAAUUACUAUUUAGUAUAGAAUUUCUCAGAGACUGCUGAAUGACAUAAUGUCUCAAAAUUCCAAUGAUGAGCUUGAAAAAGCUAAACUUCAAAGCGAAAAUCAAAAAUUAUGGGGCCCAUAUAUCGUUCUUUUAGACCAACAGAAAAGAUUGCUUGAAGAUAUAUUUAAAGAGGCUGAUACUUUUGACGAUGGGACUGUGCAGAAAUACAUUUAUCUUCAUACAUUAAGGAAUAAUAAAGAUAUCAUAAAAAUACUUCACACAAAUACAAUCCAGAUAUCAGAGGAUAAUUUUUUAAAUCUCGAACAAGCUUUACUUCUCUUGUUGAUUUUUUGCUAUAAAUAAGAUAUUUUUUUUAAAAAAAUAGUCACUUCAGAUUUUUGUUAAUGAAGGAAUUAGAUAUAAUAGAAAAUGAUGGUGAUUUAUAUGAAGAAAUCACCUUUCCGCAGUUUAUGGAAUAUUUCGAUUUAAUUUAUAAAUCUCACAGCCAAUUGACAGGAUGAAUAUCAGAAAGAACAGAAACAUUACUGGAUAACAAAUAUUUAAAAAUUAUAAAAAAUAUUUUUGAUGCUUUGCCGAAUCAUGGUGAUAGAGUUUUAAGGGAAGAAUUUAUUUUUUCUUUAUUUGAUGAUCCCCAAGUGCAAAUAAAAGUAAGCAUCUUAAGGUCUUCUGUGCUGAAUGUCUUGCGGUUAUUAUAGAGGCAAAGAUUAGCAUGAUGCCUCCCGCUGGCCAGCUUAAGGAAGGUGAAACCAAGGAAAAAACAUCCACAGCCUCUGUAACGGCAUGGAAAGAAUCCGCCGAAAAACCGACUGGAUAAUCAAAACCUGACUGGAAUGGCCACAAGUUGACUCCCAAGAUCGCCCAUCCAAACGGCUGCCAAUAUAGCAAACUUAAGCUCAGACUAUAAAGCCAUUUCAACGCCCAAAGUGCGUCGUCGGCAAGGGCAUGCUUUAUCGCCACCGCUAUAUUAAUGACCCCCAGGUGCAAGGAUUUCUAAAACUCAAAGCAAGAGAAGAUAAAGUCACAAAUCAAAUAGAGUCUGUAGAAGAUGUCCUUAAUAGGAUUGAUAAAGAAUCAGCGGAAUUUUUAAAGUGAAACGAUAUCAUCGACUUUUUUUGUUCAAUUGGAGCUCCAAAAAGAACUUUAAAAGAGAAGCUUGAUAUGAUUGACUUUGAGAGAAAAAAAUCUUACAUUAAUUUUAUAGAUCAAUAUGAUAGUCAAAAGAAUCAUAAAAAUGAGGAUAAAAGCAUAGAAAAUAAUCCCCAGAAACCAAAUAAAGCCAACCUUCCACAAAAUAAGAGCUCAUUACCUCAGCCUUAUAAGCUUAGAAAGUCACAAAAAAAAGAUAAAAAAAUAGUAAGAAAUGCUAUAAAAACUGAAAUUUUUAGUCCACAUAACAAAGUUUUAUUAAUAACCCAAAAAUCUGACCUAAAUCAAAAUCUAUUAAAAAUAUCAAGCAACUCAAAAGAAAAAUUAAAAAAUGAAAUGCCAAAACUUGAAAUAAAUAAGUUCAAAGCAAAACCUCCUCCGCUAACAAAUAAUGUGCCAUUGUACAAUCAAAUGGUAAAUCAGCUUGAAUAUCAUAAAAAAUUAAGAAUUGAGUCAGCAGCUAAAAAAUCAUUAGAAGAGGCUAAGUUACCUAUAAAAAGAUACGAAAAAGCUGAGAAUAAGUAUUUCAAGCCUAUACCACGGUCAAAUACAAGAACUAGUAGCAUCAAAACUCAGUCUGUUGUUGAUAAAUUUUGGGAAGAAUUCAAUAGAGACUCAGAAGAAAAACUUGAUAUAGAAGAAGGAAAUUUGCCUAACUCCCCCCCAUCCUUGAUCGAACGGCUUGCCAUCGUUCGAUCAAGGAUGGGGGUUAAAAAAAACAUUUUUUAGGAAAAAAAUUUUAUAUAUAAAAAAAAAAAAUAUAUAUAUUUUUUUUAUAUUUACUUUUAAAUAAGAGGGUUAAGAGUAUUUAAUAAUUUAUUUUACAGCAAAAAUUUGAAUUGAUUUCAUAAAAAUAAUUAUUUUUAAUAUUUUGAUUUAUUAGCCACCCCUUUAAACUUUAUAAAUUUUAAUUUGCUGCUCCUUAUUGAAUUAAAAAUUAUUUUUUUAAAAUUUUAAAAAAUCUCUAUUUUUUUUAGAUUAUUGAGUUUUUAAGCCCAGGCUGAUGACUAAAUCACUUUGAAUGGUUGAUUCCUUACUCCCCCCCCCCCCCUCCGUGAGCGAACAAAACCAUUAGAAAAAUCGCCAUUUUUUGACCAAAAACCCACCCUCCGUGAGUGAACAAAAAUUUUUUUAAUAGAAAAAAUUUUAAUGGAAAAAAAUUUUGAUAUAUAAGUGAUAAUUAGUAUAAUGAAAUCUAGAGCUAAUUCUGUUUAAUUUUAAACAAAUUGCGUUUUAAAACAUAAAUUUUGCAAAUUAAAUUAAUAUUUGCUUCCCAAUUUUUGCAAAUUAGGAUUUUUUUAAAUUUCGAAAAAAAUAUUUUUUAUAAAAUUUAUAUAUAAAUUUUUUUUAAAAAAAAAAAUUAACCCCCUCCGUGAGCGAACAAAAUUUUUUUGUUCGCUCACGGAGAGGGGGGGGGGAGUUAGAUUUUUGUCGUCUCAAAGUCUCUGAAAACAACUUCAUUAUGUACAUCUUUCAAAGCUUCUAAUAACUAAUAUAUUUUUAUAUAUAUAAAAAUUUGCAUGAUAUGAAAAUCGUUCGAUCAAGGAUGGGUUAAUUUCCCCCAAUUUUUUAUGAAUUUUUACAGUCAAUCGUUCGAUCAAGGAUGGGGGGAGUAAAAUAAAAGCUAUGCCAAAUAUUGACAAAUCAAAAGGGGUGAUUUUAAAUGGUUUUGAGUCUAUGCUACAGCAUAAUGAUUAUAAAAACUCAGACUCCUUAUCAAGCAUAAAACACUUGCUAGGAGAAAGUGGAAAAGAGCAGCUUGAAAUGAGCAAAAACACAGAGUAUUCUCAAGAAAAUCAAUGAAUAAAAACUAAAAAUGAAAUAGACAAGCAAAGACUGACAAAACGAAUAAAUCAUCCACCUCUAACCAGCGACUUGCUCUCCAGCUUAUAUGAUACUAGCAAACCUACAAAUUUCAUCACAACUAUCAAACAAAAAAUGAUAAAUCGUGGAAUCCAACGAGAAAAAAUAGUAGGAGAAGUUACUGGGCUUGAAUAUGUUUACGCAGAAGAUCUUGUAUAA